UCCAUCCACAUAAGCUCUUCUCGACAAGUGUGAUUCUCCGCAAAUUCAUGGAGUCCGCAGCCGCGAAAAUCUUCUCAACUGCAUCAUCCAGACUCCUCGCCUUGGCGCAGCAGCUUCGUCUAUACAAGGCAGAAGAGAGCACCUGGAAACUGAUCUCCCGCGUUGGGUUUCAAGAAUCUACGUCUCCGGCGAAGAAAGCGGCUGUCUUGAUCUGUCUCUUCGAAGGAGACGACGGCGAUUUGCGUGUCAUCCUCACUAAGAGGUCUUCCGGAUUGUCUACUCACUCAGGAGAAGUUUCUUUGCCGGGUGGUAAAGCAGAGGAGGGUGAUAAGGAUGAUGAUGGUGUUACUGCCACCAGAGAGGCAGAGGAAGAGAUUGGAUUGCACCCUUCGCUUGUUGAUGUUGUUGCUUUCCUCGAACCUUUUCUCUCUCAGCAUUUUCUUAGAGUGACUCCUGUAGUGGGAAUAUUAUGGGAUAGAAAAGCAUUCAAUCCAACGCCAAAUCCUGCUGAAGUGGAAGCUGUGUUUGAUGCACCACUUGAAAUGUUUCUGAAGGAUGAGAACCGGAGAUCCGAGGAGAUUGAGUGGAACGGGAAAAGGCAUUUGCUUCACUUCUUUGAUUACAGUACAGGAGAUAAGGAUUACGUUAUAUGGGGUUUAACUGCUAGAAUCUUGAUAAGAGUUGCAUCUCUGGUAUAUCAACGACCACCUGCUUUCGUUGAACGGAUACCUGACUUUAAGUACCCCAGAAUGUGAAUGCAGAAUAAGCUUACUAGUUUAUAUGGAUAGCUGAAGGUGAUGAGUUCUUGCUUGGGACAUACUGUGGCAAAUUUCCAUGAAUCUUUUGGUGAGGAUUAAGAUCGUUGGAGAUGUCUCUGUUUAGUCCUUUCCCAGCACACUGCCUGCGUUAUCAAGUUGGAAAAUUAUCAAGUCAAAUCUAAAUCAUUUGACCUGAAGGCAAAGCUCGUUCUUGGAGAAUGUGGGAUCAUACAGCUUUGCAGUCGUGAGUUGUGCCUGAUAUGAUGUGGUUCGAUAUCUCAGUCAUAUGCCCUGAAAGCAAAGCUCUUUCUUGGAAAAUAUGGGAGCAUACCGCUUUGCAGUCGUGAGUGCCUGAUAUUAUAUGAUUAGUUAUCUCAUUCACAUAUCCUGAAUGCAAAGUGCAGCUAAUUCUUGGAAGUCCUUCAGCAUGUUUUGUACCAAUCAACAAAUCUGAAUUUAACAUAAAGAAGACAAUAUAAAAAAAGGAUCUGAUUCGGAUAUUGGAGAUCAACAAAUCUGAAUCAUACUAAUUCAACUGAUGCAAGAGCAAAGCCACUAGUGCAGGUGAUAGGGGUAAAGUAAUUUCUGGUUGAUUUUCUUAAUGGAAGGUGGUUUUUAAGUCCAAGGAUCUACGCCAGUUGAUCUGAUGAAAAGGAUACAAUUCAGAUCUGGUUUUCCUAAAGAACCUUUACCACGUAAUCAGCAAGUGUUCAUUCUUACAGAAACUGGCAGCAUUUGCCUUGCAGACUUGCAGUGGUGACGUGUAUCUUGUUGGAGUGGUUCAAGAAGAGUUCACUUUUGUGCAAAUCUGAAUCAUCUUUCCUGAAAGUAAAGUUCUUUCUUGGAGAAUGUGGGAGCAUACCGCUUUGGACUCGUGAGUGCCUGAUAUUAUAUGAUUAGAUAUCUCAUUCAUGUAUCCUGAAUGCAAAGAGAGAUCAUAACACUACCAAUUCUUGGCUAAAAGACAUAUAAACGUGCAGCUCAUUCUUGGAAGUCCUUCAGCAUGUUUUGUGCCAAUCAACAAAUCUGAAUUAUAACAUAAAGAAGACGGAAUAAAAAAAAAACUGAAUCGGAUAUUUGGAGAUCAGCAAAUCUGAAUCGUACUAAUUCAAUUGAUACAAGAGCAAAGCUCGUUCUUGGAGAAUGUGGGAGCAUGCCGCUAUGCAGUCAUAAGUUGUGCUUGAUAUUAUAUGAUUAGAUAUCUCAUAUCUCAGUCAUAUGCCAUGAAAGCAAAGGCUAUUCCUGCUGGAGUAUUUCAUUCUUGAUGAAUCAACACGCCGUUACUCUCAUUCUUGGAGAAACUGGCAGCAUUUGCGUAGUAGUAGUAAAGAUGUAUAUCUCGUUGGAAUUCUUCAAGAAGAGGUCGCAUGUUUGCAAAUCUAAAUGAUCUGACCUGAAAGUAAAGAUACUCUGUCUAAAAAAGUCAAUGAGGGGCAUUCCGAGAAUCAAACUCGGGACCUCUCGCACCCAAAGCGAGAAUCAUACCACUAGACCAAAUGCCCUACUGUUGAUGUAAUCCAUUGAAGAAAAAAAGUCUUGAAGUUUGAGCACACAUUGUCUUUUGUGUAUUUGCUAAAUUCUUUAAUUACUUGAGCAUUAUCGUUCUUACAUUUUUUCAUGCAGCUCGUUCUUAGAGAAUCAGGCAGCAUACUUUGUGUGGUGUCUGAUGUCUGAUGUUAUGUGUAUAGAAUAUUAUUUCAAGAAGAGCUUCGUUUAGUACAAAUUGUCAAUCAUCCGACACCAAGGGGAAGAGCAAAUCGUCGACAAAAAGCUGAAGCUGAUUUUUUAUGUAAUUCAGAACAAGCGCUGCUAAAGUAAAAGUCAAGGGGACUUUGGAGAAUCGACUCGGGACCUCUGGCAACCAAAACGGUUUCAUGUAAUUCAGUUCUUACGCUCUGCUUUUAUCUGGUUGGUUGUUAAAGCAACAUAAGCUAGUGAAUCUGAUGGUAAUGAUAUUGUUUGCAAGUCGUUCUGUAAGUUA